UUUUUAUUUUGUGGCACACUAUACAUCAGUUUUAACCUUUGGUCUAAAUUUGUCCAUGUAGGCAUACACGCUUUCCAUAUGCACACCUAUCGCCAUCUAGUGGUUGAGCAGACAUAACUCCGGUUCAUUCGAAAAAUCGAAAGCGAAGGAACAAUGGACAUAAUCCAGGAUAAAAAAGUGAAACUUAUUGAAUGGCUAUCGGGAGAGGAACUGAUUAUCCAGCAUGUUCAUUCCCGGAAGCUGAUCACCAUGUCUGAAUACAUGACGCUCAAAAGCAUCAAAGAUCCCAUUGCGAAAGUUACUGAACUCUUGGACAACAUUUUGAAAAAAGGAGAUCCCUGUUGCGUCGAAUUUCUAGAGCUGCUGAAGAAAGACGAUGUGAAUGAAUCCAGACCGGCGCUCAAGGAGUGGAUAGGAACAGUAAAUACCUCAGCUCUCAAAGAUAAGAAAAAGGACAGCAACACCUCUCAAGCUGGUACUGCGGAAACUGCAGAUAAUCAGGAAUUUCUGAGGAAGAACCGGGGUCAUCUUAUUGAUAAUGUAAAAGCUGUUGUUAGAAUAGUUGAUGACCUUCCCUUCACUAAUGAAAUGGUGGCAAACGUACGAGCUGAGAACACAGAGCAGGCCAAGAUGAGGAAAGUUCUGGAGUACACAAAUAGCAAAAAAGCUGCUCAGCUUCUGGUUGAUGCCUUGUGGAAACAUGCAAAAGAUGUCAUGGAGGAUCUGACCAUGGCCUAACAGCUCAGUGCAGCAUUUAAAACUUCUUCAAUGAUGGUGCAGGGCAUGAAUUACAGACUAAAUAAGUCCAGUUUUUAAAGAUAAUUUUGUAAGAUGUUAAUCACCCUUUGUCAUACCACUGCAUUUCUCUAUUUUCAUAAUGCUUUACAGCCUUCCAUAAUCAUUCCAGAAUUAGUAGAAUAUAGUCUCCAUAAAAUUAAGUAUCAUGCCAAAUUUGUAAAUCGACUUUUUUUGCAAUCCAUAUUGGAUUCCAAAAAAAAAAAAACGGGUAUUGCACAUAUUACAACAACUCAGUUUUUAUUACUGUUUUUACUGUACACUAUCACCUACAUUUGUUGUGCCUCUCCAAUUUUUAUAUUUUCUUUGUCUUCCAUAAUCAUUCCGAUAUUUGUUCAAUACGCUCUACAUAAAAUUUUAGCUUAUGCUGUUUUUGUGUUUUCUAUAAUGACUAACCCUGUGACUGUGCUGUUUUAAAAAAUAUUAUGGGCAUUUUUUUUAAAAAAACAUUUUUAAAAUCAUCCUCCCCACUCUUUUGUAUCUGCACUCUAAAUUGCAAAUGUAAAACAUUAAAAUCUAAUGCAUUCAUAAUUUGUAACUAUUGAUGCUCAUUUUAUAUCUGAAUAUACAUUAUAUGGUCAAAUAUUUGUGGACACCUGAAUAUAAUAAUAAUAAGUUUAAUUAAUAUACCGCCUUUCCUGAGCUCAAGGACGCUUUACAAUACAAUGAUGCAUAAACAAUGAACAAUCAUGGACACAAACACAAUGUGACAAACAAAGAGCAACCAAACACAAAAGAAAUACACAGUACAGUCACUGAGAAAAUGCAUUAUAACAGAUUAGGACAUAACACUGUGAAAACAGAUAUGUUUUUAAUUGGGAUUUGGAUGGAUGGAGAUGGAUGUGAUGUUGCGAAAAGUGAGCGAAUUCCAGAUUUUAGGUGCUACAGCACUGAAAGACCUGUCACCCAGACAAAAUCUAGGGACAGAGAAAGUCCGAACCCCAGAGGACCUGAGAGCGCGGGUCAUGUUGUAGGGGAGAAGCAGUGCACUAAGAUAGAAUCACACCCAUAGGUGCUUGUUGAACAUCUUAUUCCAGAUUUAGUCCCCCUUGUUGUUAUAAUCGUGGCUGUGGGGAUUUGUGUUCAUUCAGCUACGAGAGCAUUAGCGAUGUCGGGCGAGCAGGCCUGGGGCUUCCAGUUCAUCCCAAAGGUGUUCAGUGGGUGUAAUGUUCAUGUGUCCAAAAAUAUUUGUUCGUAUAGGGCAUUUUAUAUGAAACAUUAGCACCUUUUUUAAAAAGCGUAGGCUAAUUUUAUAUGUAUGUGGUAAUGUCAAUGACAGUGGGAGGUUCAAUAAAAAAAUUAUCAGGAAAUAAAUACAUACAUAAAUUGA